AUGGAACAUAGAACAUUCAUUCUCACAAUUUCGAUUCUAUUACUGUUGAAUGUUGGAGUGGAGAGCAGGACAAUUGUUGUUUAUAACAACUGCCCAUUUUUAAAUUGGCCAGGUGUCUUCGGACCGGGAAAUCCAGAAGGAGAAGGAUUCAGAUUGGAUACUUGGACUGCAAAAAAUCUGAAUGCUGUGGAUGAUUGGAAUGGGAAAAUAUUGGCUAGGACUGGAUGUGAUGAAGAUUUUAAUUGUGAAACUGGAACUUGUUUAGUGAGUUAG